AUGGUAGAUCCCCAAAAUAUUGAAGGAGUCAAGAACUUGGUCCGACCUAGUUUUGUGACUGAGGUUAGGAGUUUUGUGGGGCUUGCCAGCUACGAUCGACGAUUUUUGAAGAAUUUAGCCUGUAUUGCCACGCAUUUGACAAGGCUGACUCAAAAUGAGGAUAAGAAUUUCAUAGUUUAUGCCUCACGAAAGUUGAAGAUUCAUGAGAGGAACUAUCUGACACGUGAUUUUGAGUUGGCAACGAAAGGUGGGGUGUUAGCCAGCAUUGAGGUUAGACCCACUUUAAUUAAAGAGAUCAAAGCCAAGGAAUUUGAGAAUGAGACUUUUAAUGAGCUCAGAAAGAAGUUGGUGUCUGGAAAGGCACACGAUGUUGCUCUUUAUGCAGGUGGUGUGCUUAGUUUAAGGAGGAAGAUUUUCCUUCCUCGAGUGGAUGACUUGAUACAAAAGGUGUUGACAGAAUCUCACGGUUUGUGGUAA